CCAGUUUGAGAGUCUGCAAGAGCAUAUUCCUGACAGAGAAACAAGGAAGCGAGCGGGAUCUGCAGCACACAUCAGACCGGAGCCCAGCUGACUCCCACCUGUGCACCUCAAACCAGGCAGUUUAAUUUCAGGACAGGUGAGCAAUGCUCUGGAGACUGACUCUCGCCGUGGCUGUGGUGUGUGUUGGCAGCAUGUGCAGCUGUGAGAAUGCUGAUGUGAUGAACAGACUGAUCGUACCGAGGGACUAUGGGGUGAAACUGUGUGGGAGAGAGUUCAUCAGAGCGGUCAUCUUCACCUGUGGUGGCUCCCGGUGGAGACGGUCCACGGAGGGAGACUUGGAUCUGUUCCCGUGGAGUUCCCUCCCUGAUGUUAAAGUGGAGGAGAGCCAGCACACCUGGCAACGUGAUGCAGACCUCGCAGAAAACCACUCUCCUCUCCGCACUGCCUCCUCUUACUCCCUGGCAGACCUCUUGGCUCUUUACGGGUCCACAGGUGACAGACAGCAGCAGCAGCCACCGCUGAGUCUUCCCGCCCCUCUGGGGGACUCCCAUCUGUCCACAGCUGCAGGUGAGCAAGACGGGACCCCGGGUUCAGCUGACUGGAUCCUACCAAGCAAGAAGAAGAGGAACUUUUCACGUGGUGUGGCAGGGAUGUGCUGUAACCAGGGCUGCACCAAGAAUGAUAUUGGACGCUUGUGCUGAGGCAGGAAGCAGGGUGGGUGGGUGAUGGCACGAGCUCGAUCAUGGAGCCAUUAUGAUGAGCAGUAAUGGACAGUGUACAGAAAACGUCUGGUGUUGAUUAAGCUGUUCCCACUCGUGCUGUAGUGUACAAGAAAAACAUUCCCCCAGCUUCACAUCGUCUUCAU